AGUCCUCCAGUAUCCCGACAUGCCCCGGCAGUAACUUCCGCUCCGCCUGAUCCAAGCUGCAGGAAACCCGCGGAAUCAAUGAUUCAUUUAAAAGGAGUGAUCGGCGACUCGUGUGUCCGAUUAAUUUCUCCCGUUUUGACGGCGAACUCUAUCCGGUUGUUAGUUUGCAGAUAUUUUGUCCUUUAAGCGGUUUUCGGUGAUUGGAUUUUAUUUCCUCUCUGCGGGAGGGAGGCCUGCGGCUCCUGAGUCCUGUUGUAACCGGGAGAAAACGGCGCCGCCCGAACUGCGGGGGAAAUCAAGGCUACGUUUCAGCUUCAACUCGUCAAUAAAUACAGGAUGACAACUGGAUUUGGGUUCGGUACUGCGGCCGGAAACACCGGUAGCUUCGCCCUCGGAGCUUCCAGCAACCCUAGUGGUACAGGAGGAUUUAGCUUUGGAAAUCUUGGUACCACAGCUGCAACCACAACCACAACUGCAUCAACAUUUGGGGGCCUUGGGGGUGGAUUGUUUGGGCAGAAGCAAGCUACUGGAUUCUCGUUUGGUGCUACCACAACAGGGACUACAACAGCAGCAUCUACAGGACUAACUUUGGGAGCACCUGCAACUACAACUUCAACUGGUUUUAGUUUAGGAUUCAACAAACCAGCUGGUUCAGCAACACCCUUUGCAAUGCCUAUUGCACCUUCUACGGCAGGAGGACUGUGCCUUUCAUCUAUACUGCCAACUUCUACAGCAGGCUCUACAGGAUUUGCAUUAAAUUUAGGUGGAGCACCCACAUCCACUGCAUCAAUACCAACAGGCCUAACAUUGGGAGGGACUUUGGCUGGUUUAGGAGGUGGCCUCUUUCAGGGUGCAAGCACCUCCACUGCAGGACUUGGUCAAUCACUGGGAUUGAAUCUUGGAGUAUCUACAGCUGCCCCAACCUCUACAGCUAGUGAAGGACUUGGUGGAAUAGACUUCAGUGGAUCUUCUGAUAAGAAAAAUGAUAAAGGUUCAACUGGAGUUAGGCCUGAGAAUGUUGUUAAAGAAAGAAGCAAGGUCCAAGAAGAAAUUAGUCGAAUGUCCUUUAAAGCAAUGCUGAAAGUACAAGAGGAUAUUAAGGCAUUGAAACAAUUGUUAACAGUAGUUGCAAGUGGAUAGGAGCUUAAAAAUGCUGAAAUAGCACUAAGAACACAGAAAAUACCACCGGGACUUCAGCAUGAAAAUACAGCACCAGCAGACUAUUUCAGACAGCUGGUUGAACAGUUUGAGGUUCAGUUACAGCAGUACCGACAGCAAAUAGAGGAAUUGGAAAAUCACCUCGCUACUCAGGCUAACAGUUCUCAUAUGACUCCACAAGACUUAUCUCUUGCAAUGCAGAAAGUAUACCAGACAUUUGUGGCCUUGGCUGCCCAACUCCAGUCGAUACAUGAAAGUGCAAAGAUUCUAAGAGAACAGUAUCUUGGCUAUCGGAAAACAUUCCUUGGAGAUGCUACCGAUGUCUUUGAAGCAAGGCGUGCUGAAACUAAGAAAUGGCAAAAUGCUCCUCGUGUCACAACUGGGCCAACUCCCUUCAGCAUACCAAAUGCAGCGGCAGUUGCCAUGGCUGCAACAUUAUCACAGCAGCAACAGCCUGCUACAGGACCGCAACCACCUCUGGGAGUUAAUUUUGGAACACCGUUCGUCUCAGGUAUUGGAACAGGCUUGCAGUCAAGUGGCUUAGGUUCUUCAACCCUUGGAGGAUUUGGAAGUACUUCUGGCUUUGGAAGUAAUACAUCAGGCACCACCUCAUUUGGAUUUGGAUCAGCCACUAAACCCUCAGGAAGCCUCAGUGCAGGCUUUGGCAGCUCAACUACAUCUGGAUUUAACUUCAAUAAUCCUGGGAUCACUGCAUCUGCUGGCCUGACCUUUGGUGUGUCCAAUCCUUCAACAUCAGGCUUUGCCAAUAAUCUAGGGGGACAGCUUCUGCAACUGAAGAAACCUCCUGCUGGAAACAAGCGAGGCAAAAGAUAGGGAAUUGUCAAUGUGGGAAGUGGGAUAUAUUUUCUUAAAUUAGGCAUGACUCCUGUGGUUCUAUGUCCUAAAUAUUUUUUUUAAUAGUUGUAGAUAUAAAACUACCGACAAAUAGAACGUUUAUAUUUCAGCACGUGAGCUUUAAUCAGAAAUUCCUCAGUUUCCAAAAGGAUUCUGAUAGCGAUCAGUUUUAACAAUUGAAGAUUAUAUUUUUGAAAGUAAAGCAAGGUGGAUUGUGUACCUGGAUAAUUUCAUAAAUACAAAGCAUAAAUGCAUAGUGUAUCUGUUUUCUACUUCAGGAAUUGGUUACAAACUUAUCUAAGAACAGCUGCUAUGUAAGUGAAUUUGAACCAUGGGUGCUGCAGAUGUCUGCAUAACUGCAAAACUCAUUUCUGUAAAGCCAGUGAUGUACAUGUUUUAAUAUGCAAAUUCACAGCUAUCAUAGCCUUUAAACAUUGCACUUUUUAUACAAUAGGUACUGCCCAAUAUUUGUCUUUGCAGUAAAAAAGAAAUUAGAAUGUCACACUUUUUGAUGAUGAGUUGUCAAGGUACUUUGGAUGAAAGCUUUAUUAGUGGUGACUUUCCUUUAACACAUAGUUAAUGUCUAUUUUUGUAAGAUUAGAGGAUACUGCUAUUGAAUGCCUUUGUUAGUGAGAGAGGAAGUUAAGAUUUGUUGAGUUGGAUGAGGUUGUUAGAGAAUGUCACUGUCCUGAAUUUCAUUAUGUAUGUGUUUGCAUGAGGACCUGCAUUGUGCAGACUUGACCUGUGAUUCAUCUUUCAGUGACUUUUGAAGGCCAGAUCUUUUGAAAAUUGUUUUCUUUGUGAUUUCACAUUAUUUAUACAUUCGUUUCAAAACUGUGUAGUGAAAUAGUCACUAAUAUGACAAUGUAUUUGAAGAAUGUUGUAAGUUUUGACGUUGAAGAAAAUUGAAUUGUAUUUGGGGGAAAAAAAUGAUAAUUUGGUUAAAAUAAAACAGCUUUCACAA